AGAAACCGCUUAACACUGGUGAUGACGACAAGAGUUAUGACACAAUACAAGUAAGUGGAGAUUGUUAUCAUUAUUUAAACGGACAUGCAGAAAAUGUUCGUUCAUCUUUUGGCGGUACGUGCUAGCCAAUGCUCGUUCAAUUCCGUAUUUCUUUGCUAGCGCGUAUAUGGUCCGUUUUCAUUCUCAGCUACGCUAUCGUUUGGAGAAGCCCGCCGCUGUUGGCGGCGUGCCCGCCCUAAGUCUCGUCUGUGUGUUGCCCUCUCUUUGUUGUGCGGCUGCUGCUGAUGGUAGCGAAAGUCGGCCCUCCUCCAGUGCUCAGUCGCAUCACCGUAGUAGUAAACAAUAAUUAUUCCGGAGUCCCGGCAGACCGACAAGACGCGGAAGAAAAAGGAAAACACGACUGUCCCCUUGGGGGACGCCACAGCCACCUCAGCUCCUCAGCCAGCAGGCAAGAUGAAUUCGUCACAGAACCUGAAAAUCAAGCUCAAGGAGCUGGACGACAUCGAAAAGGAGGUGGCUGGGGCUCUGCAAUCGGCUGGACUCGCACUCGUAGAACUCGGCAAAGAGAAGCCGUCAAUGAAACAAGUAGAGUCAAAUGCGUCAAAUUUCAUCAAAACACUUCAAGGAGUCGAAAAUGGUCUGUCGAAGCACAUCAUCUAUCUUACUCAGGUCUCAACGGUUCAACCUCACGAAGGCAGCAGUUACGCCGCUCAAAAGGUGUUUCAUAUGGCAUUACAUCGUCUGGAACAUGCCCGGUCGCGAAUGAAUGAGCUGGAGCGCCUUCGACAGACUCAUCUGCAGCAAGACGCGCAGCACAAUCCACCAAUGCCACCGCAGAUGGCUGGUGGCCAGCAAGGACAACAGCAAGGCCCUAUGGGUGGUCAGGCAAUGGGAGCUCAAAGCCAGAUGGGCGGUAGUCAAAGUUCUAUGGGAGGCGGGCAGGGUCCUCAGGGAAUGGGUGGAAUGCAGAGUCCUAUGGGCGGAAGCGGCAUAGGACAGAUUGGACAGAGUCCAGGUGGACCUUUGGGCGGUUCUAUGCAGGGCAGCCAAAUGGGAAUGUCACCAAGCCAGGGUCAAAUGGGUGGACCCAUGAAUCAACAAGGAACUAUAAUGGGACAGCAAGGUCAAAUGGGAGGUUUAGGUGGCGGCCAAAUGUCUGGUAUGGGACCUAUGAGCCAGCAAAAUUCUAUGGGACAGGGCGUUCCUAUUGGCCAUGAUCAGUACGGAGGUUCAGGCAUAAUGGGGAAUGCUCCAGGUCAGAUGGGUAUGCGACCACCUGGACCCGGUGGCAUGAUGGGUCAACAACCUCCAAUGGGUGGAAUGGCUGGAAUAGGAGGAAUCGGUGGCCAGAUGGGGCCUCAAGGACUGUAGCGAAAUUCUUGUAGCGAAACAAAAUACUAGCUUUUGGCCAAGUGAUUCACAGUUUUUGAACAUAACGAACUAAUCGUUGAGGUUGAGUCAAACUAAUGGCGGGAAAAUGUCACAAGUGUGUCAAGUGUGACAUCUGUUUAUUGUAUAUAAUAGCUGUCAUGUCUUACUAAGACGUAAACGAAAUAAAGCGAAAAAAGGACACGCACAUGAUAUA